CCGGUUGUCUUUUACUGUUUAUGGUUGUAAGGAGCCUUUAACCGCACAAAAAUGAUGUCCCUGCCCGCUCGUUUGGGGGCUUUGUCCCCAUACCUGCAGGCUUGUGGUCCCCUGAAAGCGUUACUUCCCGGAGCAGUGAAUACAGAAGUGCUGGUGAAGUCUGCUGUAUGCGGCCAUUUCGGAGCACGUCUGGCUCACACUGACAUCAAAAUCCCUGACUUCUCUGACUAUCGCCGUGUUGAGGUGUUGGAUCCCAAGAAGCCCUCUCAGGAAAGCGGCGAUGCUAGACGGGCCUUCUCUUACCUGGUGACCGGAUCCACUGCUGUGGUGGGUGUCUAUGCAGCCAAAACGGUUGUGACCCAAUUCGUGUCCUCGAUGAGUGCCUCUGCUGACGUCCUGGCCCUGUCCAAAAUCGAGAUCAAGUUGUCCGACAUCCCAGAGGGGAAAAACAUGACCUUCAAGUGGAGAGGCAAGCCUCUGUUUGUUCGUCACAGAACAGAGAAGGAGAUCGCAGCCGAGCAGAGCGUAGAUCUCUCGGAGCUCCGGGACCCCCAGCAUGACAAAGACCGCGUCACCAACCCCACCUGGGUCAUCGUCAUUGGGGUCUGCACUCAUCUCGGCUGUGUCCCAAUCGCCAAUGCCGGUGAUUACGGCGGGUACUACUGCCCCUGCCACGGGUCACAUUAUGAUGCUUCAGGAAGGAUCAGGAAAGGACCUGCACCUCUCAACUUGGAGGUGCCUUAUUAUGAGUUUCAUGAUGAGGAUACUGUAAUUGUUGGAUAAACAAUGGACAUUUUCUCUGUAUGCUGUUAAUGUGUCCAGCCAAAUCUAACUAUUAAUAAAUAUAUAUUUU